AUGAGAUUUGUUACGGAAAAAUCAGGGGUUCAAGUUGCCGGUAACCUUCGUUAUGCUACGAUCCAGGCUUCUGCUCUAAUGGUUGCAGCUGUCGAUCGCGUUUGUCGUGCCAGGAAUUACGUUGUGGCCUGCGAGAAGACCAUUCUGAAGGAUCAAGUGCUAACUUUGGAGAACCGAACAGAGCGCCUUGAGGAUCAAGUAAGAUCUCUAACCCGAGAGAAGAAUGUGCUGCCAAAUAAAUUGGCCCAGUGCCAAUGUCAACUGGCUCAAGCACGUGUUGAUGGUGCCAUUGCUUGGGGUGAUUUGCAAUGGGUGCUAGAGAAGGGAGUGGUUCGUGUCCUUGACAGGGUUAUCGACAACACCGAGUUUGCUAGAGGGAUUAAGGGUGUUUCCAAGGCAUGUGAAGCCCUUGGAUUUGAAAGGGUAAAGCAACUGAGCAGUUGUUCCACAACUUCUGGUAGGUCUGGGGCCUUGGAUCCUGACCAUGUUGCGAGAAAGGCUGAAGAGGUGGAUAAUACCCUUGUAUCCCUUGCUGAGAUGGACUUUACUGGCCUCUUCCAUUUGGGGGAGCUGGAUUACAACGGCUUCCGCUAG